AUGCUCUCCAACGCAACAACCUCCGGCGCAGAGCCAAACAAAGCCCCGAACUUCACGCAUACCCCCAGGACUGCAAUCCACAACCGCGCCAGCAGUGAUGCAUCAUACUUCUCAUCUGACGACUCAACCGACAUGCCCGACCCCUAUACCUCGAUCUACCCGGACGGCAAGAUGUCAUUGGCGGGGAUCUCGCUGCGCGCAAUGCUCCUCGGAACCAGCCUCGGGCUAUCAGCAAGCAUAUCGUUGCUCCUAAGCACCGUGUACCCAACUCCACUCUGGCGCGUACCCUUCUUCGUCGCCUCGCUGAGCCUGUUCCACUUCCUGGAAUUCUACGUGACGGCGCGGUACAACACGUGGUAUGCGACUGUCUCCGCGUUCCUGCUGUCAUCGAACGGAUGGGCAUAUAAUAUUGCGCACGGGUCUGCCAUUGUGGAGUGCCUUGUAUCGAAUGUUUUCUGGCCCGGACAGACUGCUGCUGGACGGAUUUUCACUGUGACAGAACCCUUUUUCGGAAGCUCGGUCUCGCUGCUUGUUGUCGUAGGCUUUGUGCUUUUGUUGAUCGGACAGGUUGUUCGGACAACUGCUAUGGCACAGGCUGCCAGUAACUUCAACCAUCAUGUGCAGAGUCAGCAUCAGGAGGGUCAUGUUUUGGUUCAUACUGGUCUUUAUGGUUAUCUGCGGCAUCCGAGCUACUUUGGGUUCUUCUGGUGGGGCUUGGGAACACAGCUGAUCCUGGGGAAUAUGGUUUGCUUUGUUGGAUAUGCCCUAGUAUUGUGGCGGUUCUUCUCGAGCCGGAUCAAGCGCGAAGAAGCUUACUUGAUCUCCUUCUUUGGCGACGAGUAUGUUCAGUACAGAAAAGCUACCCGGGUGGGUAUCCCCGGAAUUUAG